AUGGCACCCAGUUUUGACUGUACGGUUUCAAGCCUGCUUUGCGCAGAAGACAACAUUUUCGAUGAUAACGAUUUUGGGUCUGUGAGAUUGGAGGAGGAGUUUGAGGAGGCUAUGUGGCCUCUUAGAAAUCAUCGAAACUAUGAUCAAAAUCGUGGCUUUGAUGAUGAGGGUGGACUGCCAUUCCAGAGUGAUGAGUAUUUGGCUUCAAUUGUAGAAAAGGAAUGCCACCACUUGCCUGGUUCUGAUUACUUGAUGAGGUUGCAAAAUGGAGACUUGGACCUGGGUGCUAGAAAACAGGCUGUUGAUUGGAUUGGAAAGGCAAAUGCCCAUUUCAGUUUUGGACCUCUCUGCCAAUAUCUAUCCAUAAACUACUUGGAUCGCUUCCUUUCUGCCUAUGAAUUACCUAAUGGCAAAGCUUGGACUAUGCAAUUGUUGGCUGUGGCUUGCUUGUCUCUUGCAGCCAAAAUGGAGGAGAUUGAUGUUCCUCUCUCUCUAGAUUUACAGGUGGCAGAGUCAAAAUUUGUAUUUGAGGCAAGAACAAUUCAAAGGAUGGAGCUUCUGGUUUUGAGCACAUUAAGAUGGAGAAUGCAAGCAGUUACCCCUUUCUCCUUCAUAGAUUCUUUCCUUCUCCAGAUCAAUGAGGAUCAAAUCCCUCUCAGAGCUUCAAUCUUGAGAUCAUUCCAACUCAUUUUGACCACUGCUAAAGGAAUUGACUUCUUGGAAUUCAGGCCAUCAGAGGUUGCAGCAGCAGUAGCAAUUUCUGUUGCAGGAGAAGCCAAAACAUUAGACACUGAGAAAGCAAUCUCUAUGCUCAUUCAACGUGUAGACUUAGUAAAGGAGAGAGUGGUAAAGUGUGUAAAUUUGAUUCAUGAUAUGUCUUUAAUGAGUGGGGCCUUUAAGGAUGCUAGUGGCUCUGCCCAGUCUGUGCCCCAGAGUCCAAUUGGGGUCUUGGAUGUUGCAUGCUUCAGCUAUAAAAGUGAAGAGAGCACAGUUGGGUCAUGUGCAAAUUCCUUCCACAAUAGCUCUGAUUCUAAAAGAAGGAAGCUAAACAGAGCCUGUGAGGUGGAGUUAUAG